GUCUUCCGAGACAAUCACUCUAAAGCAUCCUGACCAGAAAUAGGAGAAGGAAUUCCAGGAGACCCAUUCCUCACCUUCAGGGAGAAAAUGAAGCGAUUAUUGCAAGAGUCAGAAGAGGAAAUCAUGGUCACCCUAGCACCCUCCCCCAGGCUUUCCCCAGAUAAGGCUAAGGAAGAGCCCAUGUAUGGAAUUAAGAACAAGUCCUUAGGCCCUGCUGGAUCCUUACCAGAGGACAGUGCUCUGUGCACUAGCUGUGCCUCGGUACCCUCAGCCAUCGAGAGGAAUAGAAAUGGGGACUUGGCCCAGCACUGCAGCUUUGGACAGCAGACCAACAGCCAACUUGACUCCACUCCUUGUACUUCAGAGUCUGCUUCUCGGGACCUCUCACCGACCAGCAUGACCAUGAGCUGUCCAGAACCCUCAGAGAGGAGCCAAACCAACUCCCCUUUGUCCACAGAACCUGGCCAAAGCCACAGCCAUGAACAGCGAGAGCCUUUGGGAGACGUGGUAGAAUAUAUCAUCAGGGAGCUGCAGGGCAUCAGCCGUCUCCAGAUGGAGAUUGCUGAGCUCCGGCAGCACUUGAGCCAAGUUUGGGGUUCUGUGGAUGAGGUCUUUAGCUGUGUAGACUCCGUCCUGAGUGAAAUAGAAGGCUUGCAGGGGGGCAGCAGCUCGGUGGUCAAGGUGUGCGCUGGGGAAAAGACCCAGGAACCCCGUGUGGAGGGCCAUCGUGAGGAAGCCAUCCUCUAUCUGUAUGGACUUCCUGAGCAAGAUGGGGAAAACACUGCGGAGCUGGUGGAGCACUUCCUGGCGAAGCACCUCUGCGUCAAUGGUAUCCAGUGUAACAGGUACAUCAAAGAGGCCCACAGGGCGGGCAGAGCCCCUGCCCCCAGACCUACAGUGGUGAAGCUUGCCCAGCUCGAGCACAGAGACUUCAUCCUGCAAAGAUCCAUCCUUUUGCAGAGUGUAGGGGUUCGGAUUGCCACCAGAGACGAACCAAGCUGGCCACAAGACGGUGAGAAGGCCCUGAAAGAGUCCAGAUCACUUUUGCAAGCACAGCUUCAGGAUCAUCACUGGGAUUCUUUAAACCAGGAUGAACAAAUUUUUCAGAUAGAAACAGGAGCUACAGGACCCGUAACAGGAGCCUAUCAGAGAAGGGCUCAGAAUCAACAGAGAGAACCCCAGGCCCUAGAAAAGCAAGGCCUUUGCCUCCUGCCUAAGAACAACCUAGCAAAGCAAAGCCAUAUGUUGAAGCUAGGGGGAGACGUAGAAGAAGCUUCAGGAACACCCCAAGUUCGUGGCCGCUGUGGCGCACAGACAGGGAGAGAGGCUUCUCGGACUACCCUCCACCAGCUGGAAGCCUCUUCCCCAGAGGGGGCUUGUGGGAAGGUUCAGGUUCUCAAACUGUGCAGCCAAGGACUUGAAGAAUGUGACGUAGCAAAAAGAGGAAAUGACCGCAUCAGUACCAGUGAAGCCAGCAGCUGCCCGUCACUCUCCGGAUCGCUGAAGACAGAGAGCGUGGACACAGAGGGCAAGCUCCUAGGCCUGGAAGCUGGGCUUGAUGUUCUAAGCUCAAAGCAGCUAGAAGACCUUUUGUCAGAGAAGUCCAGCACCUUUGCCACUCUGAGCUGUGACAGCAUGAUGGAGGAAAUUCUGAUUGGGCCGGAUACUUUCAGUGACAUGGUUCACAUUGACCUCAAUGAAGAGGAGGGGCAUGCCGCCCAGGUCCUCAAGGAUGUCUUUGACCGGUCCUCUUGUGCUCUGGGUGGCUCACAGGAGGAUGAGGAUAUUGAAAUCAAGUUUCACACAAGCAAACUGGGCAAAGCGAUCCACCAGUUCCGUUCUGCUCUGCAGGGGGUCUUUCAGAAACUGGAGAAUAGUGGGUCCAUAAGUCCCGAAGACCUGGACAGCAACGAGAGUGGUUCCCAGUCGGAGAACAGCGAUCGACUGCUGGGCACUGUGAGUUCAGGGGGAGCCCAGGAGUGCUCCGCAGAGAGCCCUGGAAGCCAGGGGAGUGGAAGCUUGCUCAGCAUGCCCGCUGGUGGAGUGGGCCUCGCCACCCAAAGAGAUCCCUUCCCUCAGGAUCCCAGCAGCCUCUCUUCUGCUUCUCACAACUUGCCGCCGGCAUAUUCAUUGCCAGGAUUCACUCUGGCACCCUGUCUGGGCAACGAGGCUUGUGCCAGGCCUGACUACCCCAGGCAGGGCAAACUAAGCCUAGAGCAAGUGUGUACAGAGACCAUCUACCUCAACAAGUGCAUCAACAAUUUCAAAAAUGUUCUCAGAGAAAAAAGACUGAGGCAGAAAAAACUUUUGCAUGAGCUAGUCCAGAAGGCAAACCAUCUCUCAGUAGAAGCCGUGCACUCAGAAGGAAAGCGAGGAGCCCUUCAGAUUCCAGAUGAUGGGGACCCCUCUCUCCCGCAGUGGAUCCCUGAAGGGCCAGCCGGGGGUCUCUAUGGCAUCGAUAGCAUGCCGGAUCUACGCAGAAAGAAGCCGCUGCCGCUUGUCAGCGAUCUGGCGAUGUCCUUGGUCCAGUCUCGGAAGGCAGGUGUUACUUCUGCAAUGGCUACACGGACCUCUCUCAAAGAUGAAGAGCUGAAAUCCCAUGUGUAUAAGAAGACCCUGCAGGCCUUAAUCUACCCUAUCUCGUGCACCACCCCCCACAACUUUGAGGUCUGGACAGCCACGACCCCAACCUACUGCUACGAGUGCGAGGGCUUGCUCUGGGGCAUUGCCCGCCAGGGCAUGCGGUGCAGCGAAUGCGGAGUCAAGUGCCAUGAGAAGUGCCAGGACCUGCUCAAUGCCGACUGUCUGCAGCGAGCUGCAGAAAAGAGCUGUAAACAUGGAGCUGAGGACCGGACCCAGAACAUUAUCAUGGCCAUGAAAGACCGAAUGAAGAUCAGAGAGCGGAACAAACCGGAGAUCUUCGAAGUUAUCCGGGAUGUCUUCAGUGUCAGCAAAGUGGCCCAUGUGCAGCAGAUGAAAACAGUGAAGCAGAGUGUACUGGAUGGAACCUCUAAGUGGUCAGCCAAGAUCACCAUCACUGUGGUGUGUGCCCAGGGCCUACAAGCCAAAGACAAGACAGGAUCCAGUGACCCUUAUGUGACCGUGCAAGUGGGCAAAACGAAGAAGCGUACCAAGACCAUUUUUGGAAACCUGAAUCCUAUUUGGGAGGAGAAAUUCCAUUUUGAGUGCCACAACUCCUCUGACCGCAUUAAGGUGCGUGUGUGGGAUGAGGAUGAUGACAUUAAGUCGAGAGUGAAGCAGCGGCUAAAGCGAGAGUCAGAUGAUUUCCUGGGCCAAACCAUCAUUGAGGUUCGGACGCUAAGUGGUGAAAUGGACGUCUGGUACAAUUUGGAGAAGAGGACAGACAAGUCAGCCGUCUCAGGGGCCAUCCGACUACAAAUCAAUGUGGAGAUCAAGGGGGAGGAGAAGGUAGCCCCGUAUCACGUGCAGUACACGUGUCUCCAUGAGAACCUUUUUCAUCACCUCACAGACGUUCAGGGCAGUGGGGAGACCCGGAUCCCCGAGGCGCGAGGAGAUGAUGCAUGGAAGGUGUACUUUGAUGAGACGGCUCAAGAAAUUGUGGAUGAAUUUGCUAUGCGCUACGGCAUUGAGUCUAUAUACCAGGCCAUGACGCACUUUGCGUGUCUGUCCUCCAAGUACAUGUGUCCUGGGGUGCCAGCAGUGAUGAGCACCUUACUGGCCAACAUCAAUGCCUAUUAUGCCCACACAACUGCGUCCACCAACGUCUCUGCAUCCGACCGCUUCGCAGCCUCCAACUUUGGGAAAGAGAGAUUUGUGAAACUGCUGGACCAGCUACACAACUCGUUGAGAAUCGACCUCUCCACAUACAGGAAUAACUUCCCUGCUGGGAGCCCUGAUCGCCUUCAAGACUUGAAGUCCACAGUGGAUUUGCUGACCAGCAUUACUUUCUUCAGAAUGAAGGUGCAAGAACUGCAGAGCCCUCCAAGAGCCAGCCAGGUGGUAAAGGAUUGUGUGAAGGCCUGUCUGAAUUCAACAUAUGAGUAUAUCUUCAACAACUGCCAUGACUUGUACAGCCGCCAGUACCAGCUGCAGGAGCUACCUCCAGAGGAACAAGGGCCCAGUAUUCGGAACUUGGACUUCUGGCCCAAACUCAUCACACUUAUUGUCUCAAUCAUAGAGGAAGAUAAGAAUUCCUACACACCUGUUCUCAACCAGUUUCCUCAGGAAUUGAGUGUGGGAAAAGUGAGUGCGGAAGUGAUGUGGCACCUGUUUGCCCAAGACAUGAGAUAUGCGCUGGAGGAGCAUGAGAAAGACCGGCUGUGUAAGAGCGCUGACUACAUGAACCUGCACUUCAAGGUGAAGUGGCUCCACAAUGAAUAUGUGCGGGACCUGCCUGCCCUCCAGGGCCACGUGCCUGAGUACCCCGCGUGGUUUGAGCCGUUUGUGCUGCAGUGGCUGGAUGAGAAUGAAGACGUGUCCCUGGAGUUCUUGCGGGGGGCCUUGGAACGUGACAAGAAGGAUGGUUUCCAGCAGACAUCCGAGCAUGCGCUCUUUUCUUGCUCCGUGGUGGACGUCUUCACGCAACUCAACCAGAGCUUCGAGAUCAUCCGCAAGUUGGAAUGUCCAGACCCUAACAUCCUUGCCCACUACAUGAGGAGAUUUACCAAGACCAUCGGGAAGGUGCUGAUGCAGUAUGCAGACAUCUUAUCAAAGAACUUCCCAGCUUACUGCACCAAGGAGAAACUGCCGUGCAUCCUGAUGAACAACAUGCAGCAAUUGAGAGUCCAGCUGGAGAAAAUGUUCGAAGCCAUGGGAGGCAAGGAGUUGGACCCCGAUGCUGCAGACAGCCUGAAAGAGCUUCAGGUGAAACUGAAUACAGUUCUGGAUGAGCUCAGCCUGGUGUUUGGAAACAGUUUCCAGGUGCGGAUUGAUGAGUGCGUUCGACAAAUGGCUGACAUCCUGAGCCAGGUCCGGGGCCCAGGGAACGCAUCCCCCAACGCCAGGGCCUCCGUGGCUCAGGAUGCAGAUAGCGUGCUUCGGCCUCUCAUGGAUUUCCUGGAUGGCAACCUAACGCUCUUUGCCACGGUGUGUGAGAAGACGGUUCUGAAACGAGUACUGAAGGAGCUCUGGCGAGUGGUCAUGAACACACUGGAGCGGAUGAUUGUCCUGCCCCCCCUCGCUGACCAGACGGGCACCCAGCUGAUCUUCACUGCUGCCAAGGAGCUGAGCCAGCUUUCCAAACUCAAGGACCACAUGGGGCGGGAGGAAGCGCGGAGCCUCACUCCCAAGCAGUGCGCUGUUCUUGACCUCGCUCUGGACACCAUCAAGCAAUACUUCCAUGCAGGAGGCAACGGACUGAAGAAAACCUUCCUGGAAAAGAGCCCAGAUCUGCAGUCCCUGCGCUAUGCCCUGUCUCUGUACACGCAGACCACAGACACACUCAUCAAAACCUUUGUGCGGUCCCAGAUUUCCCAGGUACAUGGUGGGAAGGGGAUUAGGUUCACUGCUAACGAGGACAUUCGACCAGAAAAGGGGUCUGGUGUGGACGACCCUGUGGGGGAAGUCUCUAUUCAGGUGGACUUGUUUACACACCCUGGUACCGGGGAGCACAAGGUCACAGUGAAAGUGGUAGCUGCUAAUGACCUUAAGUGGCAGACAGCUGGUAUGUUCCGGCCCUUUGUGGAAGUGACCAUGGUCGGCCCCCACCAGAGUGAUAAGAAAAGGAAGUUCACAACCAAAUCCAAAAGCAACAACUGGACCCCCAAGUACAAUGAGACAUUUCACUUCCUCCUGGGAAACGAAGAGGGGCCAGAGGGCUAUGAGUUGCAGAUAUGCGUGAAGGAUUACUGCUUUGCCCGGGAGGAUCGUGUGCUGGGCCUGGCUGUGAUGCCACUGAGGGAUGUGGCCGCCAAGGGCAGCUGUGCCUGCUGGUGCCCCUUGGGCCGGAAGAUCCACAUGGAUGAGACGGGCAUGACCAUUCUCCGGAUUCUGUCUCAGAGGAGCAAUGACGAGGUGGCCCGAGAGUUUGUAAAGCUCAAAUCGGAAUCCCGGUCCACAGAGGAGGGGAGCUGAGAGCGCCUUAGGUCCCCGGUGCCACGCAGGCAACACUACUUCCACAAAUCAGGGCCAUUGGGAGUUCGCUACGUAGCCAGCUUAGGGUCCUUCUAGUCAAGAGGCUGACUCCUUCAGUUAAGGUUAUUUAAGGCAGUUUGGGGGUGAUGAGGGUCUGGCUUUUCCCAGAAAGGGCCGUGAACCCCUGACUAGCGGGCCAGUGGUGCUAAGAGCUGGGCUGUGGAGGCUACCACAAAGAGAUUUUUCUACGGAGAGAGGAACAGGCAUUGCUGACUGUCAGCCAUUCUUGGUAGAUGCCCCUCCACUCUACGCCUUCUCUAGCCACUCACCCUAGCACACUGCAUCCAAUUAGACACAUAGGUACCCAUCAUCAGACAAACAGGUGUAGGAGUCCUGGAGCUUGUGCCUGGUCGGCUGCGUAGUCAGUUGAGCCUACAGAUACCAUUUGAGCCUUGUGGUCCGGAUGGAGUGUGGGCAGGUCCAGAGGAUAGAAUUCAGACGGUCCCUUGAGCAGAAUCCACCGGUCUUGUGUGGCUCCAGUGUGAACAAGGCUUUGAAACUGAACAAGAUGCCUUCCAGAACUGAGUUGUGCUAACCCACCUCCCAGAUGCUAUCCGUCAUGAGCAGUCAGGCUCACAUGGUGCUUCAGAGACCUGAGCAGGAUCCUCAGUUGAGCCCCAGCGGCAGGAGCCUCUGCACAGGAGCCCCCUCGACCUCCCUCCUGUCUGGCAGGGGAGGGGUACUGCUGCUAUGGCCUCUGCCUGAGGUUGAGCUGAAGGAGCCAGGAGAGAGGUUACAUGCCUUUCUCAGCUAGGACUGAACAAAGUCAAAAACUGUGGACCCGUGUAGAACAGGGCCUCUUCACUCGGCCUCUGGCUUUGGGCUGCCCUCCACCUUAUGGAAAGAAUCUGGGCUUUGGACUCUCCUUGGCACCUGGGUCAGCUAUUGUUCCCUCCACAGAUGUUCAUCCCUCCAGAGGAGCUUGGAAGCUAGCCCCUUUGUGCAGGCUGGCUGGA